GCUAGGAGGAGGAAGUCUGCUUAUCUUGUCCGAGCCUUAGCAGCGCGUCAGGGAAGUUCGAGUCGUCUCUUAUCGAGCACGAACGGAUUUGUUGUAUCGUCGUAGUAUAGAUCCUGUUGUUUUACGAAACAAUGGAAAACUUUUCCCGGACUACCUCCUGGAGAAUUUCCUCACCGAUUUGGACCCUUAGUUUGUUCUUAGUCGCUGCUGUAUGUAAGGCAUCCGAGUACGAGUACCUGAGCUGGAACGGGGGACACAGCUACGGUAAAACCCAGCAGUGUAUUGACAUUCCUGAGGAUCUUAGAUUAUGCCACAAUGUAGGCUACCAACAGAUGCUACUGCCCAAUUUAUUAGAGCAUGAGAGUAUGGCCGAGGUCAAGCAACAAGCAGGCAGCUGGGUGCCUCUGGUUCACAAGGCUUGCCAUCCGGGUACCCAGGUGUUUCUUUGCUCUCUCUUUGCCCCAGUGUGCAUGGACCGACCCGUGUACCCGUGCCGCGGGUUUUGCGAGGCGGUCCGUGACAGCUGCACUCCCAUCAUGGAGGCAUUUGGCUUCCCCUGGCCCGAGAUGCUUACCUGCAGCAAAUUUCCUGUGGGUGAUGUGUGCAUUGCACAAGUGAAUGAAACCAGUGCCUCACAGUCACCGAUGUCUGGGCCCUCUCCUGUGUGCCCUCCAUGUGAUAAUGAACAGAGCAUAGAUGCUAUCCUGGAGCACAUGUGUGCGAGUGAAUUUGCCAUUAAGACCAAGAUUAAGGAGGUGAAAAAGGAGAAUGCAGACCGAAAAGUAAUUCUACAGAAGAGAAAGAAGGCUGUGAAGCUUGGCAAUUUGAACAAGAAUGACCUGAAAAAGCUUGUGCUUAUCCUGAAGAAUGGGGCGGACUGUCCUUGUCAGCAGCUGGACAAUCUGGGGACCAACUACUUGAUUAUGGGUCGCAAAGUGGGCAAACAGUACCUUCUGACCGGCAUCCACAAAUGGGACAAAUCUGGCAAGUUCAGGAAGGCCUUGAAGAAACUGAAAACCCACAAGUGCCCUGCUUUUGAAGCCGUCUUCUAAUGGAGUAGUGCCACAUCUUGCACCAUUACUUUGAGAACCGGAGCAAAAUAGUUUCCUUUUUAUAAUAGUUUGUUUUGUUAUACACACAAAGCUGUAUGGUCGAAUUAUUCACAUUAAUAUGCAGUGUAUUGCUUUCAUUAGGAUUUUACUUCACUCGUUUGCCUAAGUGGAUUGUGUUGUAUCUUUAGUAUGAAUAUUUUCCUAUUUUAAUUGUUCCAUGUUAACACUGGUAAUGGAUAACUUACAGUAUAUAGUGAUAUAUAUAUAGUGAUAAAUUAUGUUGGAAGUGUGAAUAUUCAUAUAUUAUAGAAAUGUUUUCUUCAUUUACCAAGGCAAUUUCAUUUUACGCUCAGUUUAAUCUAUAAUGGUCUGAUAUGGCUCAUUUAAAUGUAUAAACCCUAUGAUAUCAAAUUACCACAGUAUUUACAUACUUCUAUACAGUUUACAUAUUUUUUUUGUACAAAAUGCUUUUAAUCUCCUGGGUAUAUUCGCCAUCUGGUGCAUGUAUUUGUUUGAACAGCUGUUUUUAACCAGUGCCUCACUGACUGGAGCUUUGUGUGUCAAUUUACACUCGCUCUUGCGGCAAUGCAGUGUAUGACGGCGAUUCCUCAUUUGUUUCAGAUGCCCAUUCAGUUUCAUUAAAAAAAAAAUGGGGUUGAGUUACCACACAAACGGCA